GGAGCCUGGCGCAAGCAAGCCCGAUUCGACGGCCAUGAUGUCUGAUCACUGUGCGGUCAGCGAAGUGCCCUCGGCGGAAGCCGACGCCACUUCGCACUACGAACGUGAACACGCCAGUGAGCCUGACGCGCGCGCCGACGACUGGGCGCACACUGCCGAUCGCAAGGCGAAGAAACGCAUGCAGAACCGCGUGGCUCAGCGGUCGUAUCGUCAGCGCAUGAAAGCGCGUGUCGAAGAACUCCAAGCCAAAGUGGAACAACUGGAGGGCUCUUCCUCGAGCCCUCCGCUUCAACCUUCCUGUUCUACCUCGUCUUCUUCUUCAUCAUUAUCAUCAUCAUCAUCAUCUUCUGCUUCAUCUUCAUCUUCUGCUUCUUCUUCUUCAUCUUCUGCGUCGACUGCCCCGUCGUCGUGUUCUUCUGCUGCUGUCACUGCCAAGCAACGUGGCGCAUCCAUAUCCAUGUCACCUACCGCGUCGUUGCGGGUGGCAACUGCCGCGACAGACCACAGCUGCACCUUCCCGCCAAGACGAGACUCACAGCUGAGUACGGGCUACCCUUCUGGAGCACCUGCCGCCAACAUGAUGCCCAGCUCAUCACCCAACGACACGCGCGAUCACACGAUCGCGAUGAUGGGCUUGAGCCCCGUCGACAGCCGGUCUCAUCCAUCCCACCACCACCACAUGGCCGCGUUUGGCAUGCUCAGCAACAACAGUGGGCGCCACGACAUGUCCGCUAGCAGCAUGGCACUUGACAGCCUGCAUCUCCCAUCACACUCGACUCCCUUUGGCGAUCACCCGACGCAGUGCUUUGAUUACUUCGGAGAUGUGCAUGGAACUCACGCGACGCAGCCGGAUUACAUGGACGCCGUGACGUAUCAGGACUGUCGCACCAUGACUUCGACCAGCAUGGGCACGAGUCGAGAAGAGUCGCCGUCGAACUUCCUGAGCCCCGCCUCGUUGUCCGAUCUGCACUCCCCGAACGACUCGUACAGAUCAUCGAGCAUGACCUCGGUCGACUUGCCAUUGGCACCGUCCGCGGCACACAUCAGCAGCGGCUCGUCGGUGGAAGAACGCGUCAAGUAUGUCUCCGAGCAGGCGAAACUGGCAGGUUUUCCCGACUUAGACGCCAUGAUCACCGCCUACUACACCGUGCUAGCUGGCGAUCAUUCGGGCGCACUGGGAGAUGGCGAAGGCAUCGUCUCCCGCCGUCUGCCCCGUCUGAUCGCCACGUUGCGGCACGCUGUGCAAGAAUGGAGAGACUGGGAGCGAAAGGGCUUCCCACUGGAUUGAAUGCCCGGUUUCACAAGUGGUUCCAUUUGUGGUGAAGUGUGAUGCCUAAUGAGGAGUAUACUUACGGGGGUACCGGCGGGGGGAAAGGAGAUAUGAUAGAGGUGGAAGCCUGGAACGCGCAUAUACCACACCAUGGCGCCUCAGCAUCGGCUGGAUAAAUUGCGGCGGGAUGGUCUGCAGAAGAGACCCAUGUGAUUUCUUGAUGGAUAGUGCGAAAUCUGAAUGGCCAAAAUAAUGC